AUGUCUGUCACCAUUGAUGCUGGCACGUUCCACAAACGGCUCCUGGUGUUGCAGCAGAGCAUUGUGGGCCUGGAGAACGGGGCUGUACUUUUAAUGACUGGUACAAACGAUGAUAAUAACAUUUACAAGAAAACCACCGUGACCCAGACCUGGCUCUUGGGAUACGAGUUUCCUCAUACUGCCAUUUUGGUGACCGCUGACAAGUGCAUAAUACUCACUUCGGAGUCCAAGACGAAGCAUCUUCAGGAAUUACCGAAAAAACCGUCGCCAAACUCGUCCGAAGUGGAGAUUUGGACGCGUACGAAAGAGGCGGAAAAGAACCGUGAACUUUUUGAAAAAUUGAAGAAAGUUAUGAUGGAUUUGAACAAACCAGUUGGUCGUCUUGAUGUAGGUGUCUACGAGGGCAAAUUUGUGGACGAAUGGAGGGCAGUGGAGUCGGUGAAAAAUGAAGAUGGUGGGGAGCUUCAGUAUAACGAUGCCGCUCCUCUAAUUUCGGAGGCAUUGGGUCCCAAGGAUGAUGAAGAAAUUUCCCUCACAACGAUAGCAGCAAACGCGUCGGUGGUGAUGGUGGACACUUUUGCCAACGAAAUGGUUUCUGCAGUGGACGCUGGCAGGAAAACCACUAAUUUGGCGCUUUCUGAAAAAAUAGAAGAUCUGAUUGAGUCCUCCAAAUGGUACACCAAAGGGCUUGGAAAAAAGCUUUUGGGAGGUGAGAACAAUUUUGACCCGGAUUUGGUUGAAUGGUGCUACUCCCCCAUCAUUCAGAGCGGAGGAGACUACGACUUGAAGGUGAGCGCUACGUCCAAAAACAAAAAGUUGGCCGCAAAUGGAGUGGUUUUGGCCCUGAUCGGCAUGCGUUACAAGUCCUACUGCUCCAAUUUGGCCCGGACCUUUUUGAUAGACCCCACUCCCACCAUGGAGAAGACGUAUGAUUUUUUGCUCGAGCUUCAGCGGCAUGUUGUUUCGUUGCUCCGCGCCGGAGCUGAGGCCCUGAGCGUCUACAACGGAGCUGUGGACUACGUCAAGGAAAAGCGCCCCGAGUUGGCACAGCAACUAACGAGAAACUGUGGUUUUUUGACUGGUAUUGAGUUCCGCGACUCAUUACUAGUUUUGAACGCCAAAACCGAUCGGAAAUUGAGAGAAAACGAGGUUUUUUCGUUGUCUGUAGGAUUCCACAACGUUGAAGACGAGAACGGAAGUCCUUUCUCCGUGUUGUUGACUGAUACGUAUCGAGUCACUUCGGGAGAACCUGUUUCUAUGACCACCUAUGCCAAGGAACGGCCGGAGAUUUCCUUCAAAUUUGAGGACCAAAAGGUCAAGACGGAGACCAAAAAUGGGCUUGACCACCAAGUGGGUCGCGCCGAAGCCAGUGGCAGAAAUCUCAAGAACAGGACAAGAAACGAACAGGCGGAAGAUGAGACAAAUGCCGAGCAGAUUCGUCAAGAGCAGCAAAAGCGGCUUCAUGAAAAGCGCCAGCAGGAAGGUUUGGCUCGUUUUUCAAAAGAUGAUGCUGCUGACGGAUCGGAAACUAAACCCAUUUUCAAGAGAUAUGAGUCUUAUAUUCGCGAAUCGCAGAUCCCGCUGACGGUAAGAGACUUGAGAAUCCAUGUAGACUACAAGAGUCAGACCAUUCUCAUUCCCAUUUCCGGCCGUCCAGUUGUUUUCCACAUCAAUGCGUUCAAAAACGGACUGCAGAACGAAGAAGGAGAUUUCACUUAUCUUCGUCUCAACUUCAAUUCUCCCGGAGCUGGAGCUUUUGGUGCUAAGAGAGCGGAAUUGCCGUACGAGGACGAUCCUGAUUUCCAGUUUUUGAGGUCGGUGACAUUGAGACUGAGAGAUCAUCAGCGAAUGGUGGAUGUGUACAAAGCGAUUUCCGACAUGAAGAAAGAUGCUGUGAAGAGAGAACAAGAGAAAAAGCAAAUGGCUGACGUUGUGACACAAGCAUCUUUGGUUGAAUUGAAGGGUUCGAGGGUACGUAAACUUGAACAGGUUUAUGUUCGUCCACAGCCAGAUACAAAGAAAGUAGCGGGAGUUUUGCAGAUCCACGAAAAUGGUUUGCGAUACCUUCUGACGUUCAAGUCUGAUCACAAGGUGGAUGUGUUGUUCUCGAACAUUAAACAUCUUUUCUUCCAGUCGUGCAAAGAUGAGCUUAUUGUGUUGAUUCACUGUCAUUUGAAGAGCCCAAUUAUGAUCGGAAAGAAGAAAACAUUGGACGUCCAGUUCUACCGAGAAGCUAGUGAAAUGUCGUUUGACGAGACUGGUGGAAGAAAGAGAAAGUACAGAUAUGGAGACGAGGAUGAACUUCAACAGGAGCAGGAAGAACGUCGUCGGAAAGCUGCGUUGGAUAAGGAAUUCAAGGCAUUCACUCAGCUUAUUGUGGACUCUCUGCAUGGAAUGGUUGAUGCAGAAACUCCAUUCAGAGAGCUUGGAUUCCAAGGUGUACCAUUCAGACUGGCGGUGUUCUGUAUGCCCACUGCUUACUGUUUAGUGUCUCUUAUUGACCCACCAUACUUGGUUAUUACCUUGGAAGAGAUUGAAAUUGCCCAGUUGGAAAGAGUACAAUUUGGACUCAAGAAUUUCGAUUUGGUGUUUGUUUUCAAAGAUUUUAAGAGACCGGUUGCCCAUAUAAAUUCGAUUCCUAUGGAAGUGUUGGAAGAUGUCAAGUCGUGGUUGACGGAUGUGGACAUUCCUUACAGUGAGUGGCAGAUGAACUUGAACUGGCCUGCUAUUAUGAAGACGGUUCAGGCCGAUCCAUAUCAGUUUUUCGAAGACGGAGGAUGGGGUAUUCUUGCUGGAGACGAUUCUGAAGACGAAGAAUCCGAGGAAGAAGAAUCGGAGUUUGAAGCAUCUGACGUUGAUCCCUCGGACGAAGACGACAGUGUGAGCGAAGAAGACGCAUACUCCGAGUCUGGGUCUGGGUCUGGGUCCGGUUCUGAUGUCAGUGAAAGUGAGGGUGAAGACUGGGACGAGAUGGAGCGCAAGGCUGCCAAGGAAGACAGCGGAUGGAAGGAUUAG